ACACCGCCUUUGCAGCCUUCCUUAGCUCGAGCAGAAAGUGGGGCUUUUUCUCGCGAGGAAGGACGCCAUUAUCGGAAUCCCUACAAACAACACGAGAAUUCAUCAUUCACACGCUUGUUGAGACUGCUGACCUCCAAGCCUUGAUACCACCACCCCAGCACAUCACCGCGAAAAACAGAGCACUGGCUACUGGUUGGCGGAGGCAUACAACCGCGAGGCGUAGGAGCAGACUGAGGAGGUGACUACAGGAAAUCACUCCUGGCUCCACCCUGUACUGUCUCCACUGCUCCCCUAUGAUUGGCUAAGGCCUGUGAUUGCAGAAUUUUUGUUCACUUGGAAACGGCAGCCUGAAUGAUGUCAGAGCAGGAUCUGGUGGAGAUGGUGCAGAUUGCGGUGGAAGAUCUGAACCAGGAAGAUCACUCUGCUGUUUUGGAUGUGGAUGAUAAACCAGACAGGAAGAGACAGAGGGUGGAGAUCACCAGCCAGGAUGGAUCUCUCAAGUCCUUGUUGUUUUCCAUCACUCAGACAAUCUGCCAGCGUCUGGAUGGCAUAGAGGCCAAGCUGCAGGCUCUGGAGGAGAAGCUGGACGUCGUCGUGAACAAGAAUCAGGGGCCCAUUCAGGUUCCCAUGGUGGCCGGGUCUCCACUGGGGGCCACCCAGACCUGGAACAAAGUUCGGUGUGUUGUGCCUGAGACGAACGUGAUCGUGAGCAGUGAGCGGCCCAAAGGGGUGACCCCAGAGGAGAUAAACACACGGGGGGCGGAGUCACUGGAGAACCUUCUCAGCAACACGGCGAGUGGGCGGAGGCAGAACACCAUCCUGGUGAAGGUUCCGGUCCCAGAGGACAGCCAGGAGGAUGCAGAGAGCGGGUCAGAGGCCAGCGACUCCGUGUCUAACAGCGGACAGGCCGGCAGUCAGAACGCCAACAACGUCACCGUCAUCACGCUCAACUCUGAAGAGGACUACCCUCUGGGCACCUGGCUGGGCGAUGAGAAUAAUGUGGAAAUGCGGGUGAGGUGCCCGGUGUCACCCGCCGACAUGCUGCACAUCAGCACCAACUGCCGCACGGCGGAGAAGAUGGCGCUGACCCUGCUGGACUACCUGUUCCACCGCGAGAUCCAGGCCGUGUCCAACCUGUCUGGACAGGGCAAGCACGGCAAGAGACAGCUGGACCCCCUCAUGAUCUACGGCAUCCGCUGCCACCUCUUCCACAAGUUUGGCAUCACCGAGUCGGACUGGUACCGGAUAAAGCAGAGCAUCGAUUCCAAGUGCCGCACGGCGUGGCGUCGCAAGCAGCGAGGCCAGAGUCUGGCGGUCAAGAGCUUCUCCCGGAGGACCCCCGCCUCCCAGAACUCAGAAGGGGGCAGUGCAGCAGAGACAUCCCCAACUGAGAGCUCCUCACAGCAGACCGUACACUACACUCUGGCCAACAGUCAGCAGCUACACAUCCACCGCAUCGCCGAGGAUGGACAGGUGCAGGUGAUCCCACAGGGACACCUGCAUAUCACACAGGUACCCCAGGGGGAGCAGGUUCAGAUCACGCAGGACAGUGAGGGCAAUCUGCAGAUCCACCAGGUUCAUGUUGGGCAGGAUGGACAGGUGCUGCGGGGAGCUCAGCUCAUCGCCGUGGCGUCGGCGGAUCCCGGGGCGACGGGAGUGGAGGGCUCGCCGCUGCAGGCCAGUGACAUCCAGGUGCAGUACGUGCAGCUGGCCCCAGUCACCGAGCCCGCCCCCGCUGUGCAGGGCACAGGGCCACUAGCCACCCCCUUGCAGACGGAUAUGGAGGUGAAACACGAAGCCAUCCAAGCGCAGCAGGGCGAGAACGGAGAAGUGGUUCAGCUGCAGAUGCCCGUCAACACUGUGGGCACCUGAGGGGCAGAGCCACGCCAAACUUCCUGUCUGCAGUGACUGACACUCAUAAGGACACACCCCCCACAGGAAGCGAGGCUGAUCUGUGAUGUUUUUUUAUACAAACAGAAGGGCUGAAUUGAUGAAAGGGUAUUUAUCAAAGGGCAUUUUUGCCCGGGUUUCUGAGCUAUGAGCUCAGGCUGGAGGUCAGGAGGAGCAGGUUUAUGCCAGAGUCCCGAGAACGUGAGAGCCUCGAGGCCGUGACCCUUUCGGCUGCUCUCACGGCACCAACACACGGCACCAGUGUGGCUGCAGCACAUCAUGGCAGUGACACUUUGACGGAAUCAUUGAAACAUGCACCUGAGCAUCCUCAGCGCUCCCGAACUGCACAUGUGCUUUUCCCUUUCGUUCUGAGCACAUUCUGACUGCUUCUUUAGCGCAGCUGAAUUUGCUCUUGACUAACUCGGCCAAACUGCCCCCUUCCCGAAUCUUGCAAGACCUGCAGUCUUCUAAGGCCUUCACAGUGUGGAGCCCAGCCUCCUGAGGAGAGCUAUUUAUAAUGUAGUAUGAUUUGAGGGUCUUUUCUUCUGAGAAACUUUUAAAUUGACCUUUUCAUCCCUCCUAGUUUUCAGCCCCCUUGCCCCUCUUUCCUGGUAGCUCAAAUAGCUUCUUUUUGUUUGUUAGUUAUUCAUACCAGGCUUUCACCACGCCUCAGAAUUGGUGGAGCUUUUGUAGAAGGCAGUUUACCGAGACACACCAGCGCGUGACAAUGAACUUACCAAAUAUGGAGGCAAAAAGUUUUUUUCUUUUCUGGUGUCGUUUCUGUUAAGAGAUUUAUUCACUUGAAUAAAAAGUUCAUUGUUGCCAAGAAACAA